UUGCAAUUUAUUUGGAAUGAUUCGCAAUUAAAUUUAAAUUUUGAGGAGUUGCAAGUCAUUUCGGAUUUUAAACAAGGCCUACCUAAGGUAACCGCAUCAUUAGACUAUGCCAUACCAAUGCAGAUGCCAGAAGGGUGGUUCGAAUGUCAAUGGCUUUACCGCAUUUACCARCUGAAACAUUGACGUACAAUGGAAUMAAUUUUUCAAUGGAAUUGGGGUUUAGAAACAUUCAAAACUUAGUGGAACAGCAUGGUUUGAACAAUAGUCUUAGUUCCUUAAUGGCCUAUUUUCAACACUAUUGGAUGGAAGUUGUUUGUGCACAUAAGUUUACUGUCCAUCGACUAACACGCAGAACCAACAAUUUCAUUGAGUCCWAUCAUGCAAGUUUAUUGCGUCGAAUGGGCCAACAUCCAGCACUCUAUGUGUUCUAUAAUCACCUCGGGGAUAUUGAACAACAGUCGUGGAUUGAUUUUUCUAGGGCUAUAGAUGGAUUACCAGGUUGUGACAAUGAAUUUGCACACUCUCUCACUUAUUUCUUAAAAAUCAAUUUUUUAAAACCACUGUAG